AUGUAUUAAAAUUCUGGCUUGACUUAUCAUAAUGUCGAUUCAUAUAUAGAAACUGAAGGAUUUUUUUGCUUUGAACAAUUUUCAAGACUUGAUCUGAAGAAGAAUAAUUGGGAGGAUAGUUUAAACAGCUUGACAGAUGAUUUAAUUGCUCUUAAAAGUGAAUAUGUAGAUUUAGAAAAUCUAGAAAUAUUCAUUGCUCUCCUGGAAUUCUUAGAGAAGAAUAUUCAAGAAUCAGAAAUAGGGUCACCUUAUUAUCAAUUAAGAUAAGGUAUGAGCAAAACUUCAAUUAAUAAUUAUAUAAAUGACAUGCUUGAUAAUAUACAAAAUAGUUUAACUUGUGAUUCCAACGACUAUAAAGCAAUAGACUUCCCAGGAUUAUUGAAAUUGGAGGACAUAUUUAGCUUUUUAAAAGAAUCUAGAUUUAUUAAAUCCUAUUCAAAGAAAGUAGAUUAAUUGCUUUAAUUGUAAAAAGAAAAGAAAUAGCAAUAGAUUAAAAGGAAAAAAUGA